CCUGCCCCUCCCUCCGGCUCCAGCCUUCUCCGGAGGCCGGGAAUCCAGGACAGCCACUGGUCCGCCGGGGUCCCACCGCCCUCCGUCACCGCGUCGACUUCCGUCCCCGAAGGAGGCGCCUCCCCCUCGGCUUGCGCCCGACCUUCUCCCCUGUGUCCCGCGGCGCUGCGGCGUUGCCCGCUCCGGUCCGGCGUCCUCCGUGCGUAAGGACAGCGUCCUUCAGGCAGUUGGACGAGCCCGACUUAAACAUCUCCAAUGGCUAACGAAGCCCACCCUUGUCCGUGUGACAUUGGCCAUAGAAUAGAGUACGGAGGGUUGGGGCGUGAAGUUCCAGUCGAGCACAUCAAGGCUUAUCUCACCAAAUCCCCUGUUGACACUGGCAAAGCUGUGAUUGUCGUUCAAGAUAUAUUCGGCUGGCAGUUGCCCAAUACCAGGUAUAUGGCGGACAUGAUUGCAGGAAAUGGAUACACAACCAUGGUUCCAGACUUCUUCGUGGGGCAGGAGCCGUGGCACCCCUCAGGGCACUGGUCCACCUUCCCGGAGUGGCUGAAGACAAGAGAUGCCAGAAAGAUCGAUAAAGAAGUGGACGCGGUCUUGAAGUAUCUGAAACAACAUUCUCAUGCCAAGCGAAUUGGCGUCGUGGGAUUCUGCUGGGGCGGAGUUGCUGUCCAUCACAUGAUGAUGAAAUACCCAGAAUUCAGGGCCGGGGUGUCCAGCUACGGCAUCAUCAAAGACUCUGAAGACGUGUACAAUUUAAAGAACCCCACGUUGUUCAUUUUUGCUGAAAACGAUGCUGUGAUUCCUCUUGAGCAGGUCUCUUGGCUGACUCAGAAGCUGAAAGAAAACUGCAAAGUGGAAUAUCAAAUUAAAACGUUUUCUGGGCAAACGCACGGGUUCGUGCACCGCAAGAGAGAAGACUGUUCUCCUGAAGACAAGCCCUAUAUUGAUGAGGCGAGAAGGAGCUUGCUCGAGUGGCUGAACAAGUACGUGUAGCCAAGGCCAAGGGGAAACUUGCUCAAAAGAGCUCGCAUCCAGAAAUUUGCUUAGAGAUGCUUAGAUCAUUUGAUUUCAUUUUCACUUUACAGAAGAUGAAUCAAAGAAUCCUGAAAUUCAUCUGAAACACAAAUUCAGUAGGAAAAGUUAAUGUAUGAAAUACUUUAACCUUUAACAUGUGCAUGAAUAAAAAUUUUAACAACAGGUCAGGACCUGAAGAAUUUGGAUGGUAGAGUAAUGUCCUAACUAUUAGUAAAAAAACCUAGAGCUAUCCAGGGACCAGCUCACAGCUCGGGUAUGGCCUUCCGGCCUUGAACUGAGCACACACAUCCUCUAAAACGAAUAAUUUGGCAAAACCGUGAAGA